AGUCCGACAGCACUUCCACUGAAAGUGACGCCCGCAAACACCCCGUCAAAAAUCUCGAAUAAUGAGCGAAAGAACUUGGAAACGCCGCCUGCUGGAUCAUCACCCCUCAAACAAGCAGGACUCUCCGACCCUUCCGAUAUAUCUAGCCCACACGAGCUCACCGCAUUUGUCGAAACCCUACUGGAGCAGCUUGAUGCAAAAUUCGAUGACAUGUCCUCUCAGAUUCUUGAUCGCAUGAUGCAAAUGUCCAGCCGUGUCGACGCGCUUGAAGCGUCCAUCCAAGAUAUCAUUAACGGCGACAUCUCCACUCAAAGCAACCCUCCUACCCCCGGC